AGCGGCAUCACAACAUCCGCCUGCUGCAUCAAAUAUGGCGAUUUCAAGGAUACCACCCGCGGCUCUGUCUUUGAAACAGUUCUUACAGAGGCAGAGGGUGUUGGGGAUUUACAGAAACAUGCUGAGGACCAUACGACAGGUACCAGACGAGGCAGACAGGAAGUACCUCACAGACUGGGCGAGAGCCGAGUUCAAGAGGAAUAAGGACGCCACAAACCAGGACGCCAUUCGUAUGAUGAUCACACAAGCUAACAACCAUCUGGAGGAGCUGCAGAAGUCUCUGGCGUUGGCCAGAAGUUAAUCGCUCCGAGCUGCUGGGAAUCCCCGCUGCGGACUCAGCUGGACUGGUUUUCAAUAAAGACCACAUGACGGUCUUCAUUGAGAAGAGACUCGAGUGCUGAGGAAAGCCCUCACUGUUGUCGUCAGGGGAUGGAUGGAUGGAUGGAUGCUAUCGAUCUGCAGGUACCAUGAUCCUGCGGCACGGUAGAGACAGUUUGUUUCCAUCACCUGUGAUGAACCUGAGCGGCUGACUGAACACUGAUGAUAUUAUAGGUAUUAAAAAGAUGAAACUACAGG